GCAGUGUACCUAGGGCGCGCCACCGUCGGUUGAUCGCCAGCGCCACCGUGGCCAAAUGCCGUAUUACUGAGAAGGCUUAAAUCGGCGACACGGCCGGUAUCACGUGAAAGAUGCCACCCGUUAUUUUAUUUUGCGGAUUCAAACCAAUUCAAGAUAUCGGCAACUUUUAUCGCGACCAGGCAUUAGAAAAGGGGAAGAGGUUGUUCCAGAACAACCACGUGUAUGGCGUGCGGGAAGAGAACGGCACGGACAUCGCGGCCAAGUGCCAUUCCCAGCAGGGAAAACACGUGUACGACGUAACACUCCAGCUAAUCCAAGACUCGCGAAAGGUCGUCGCCGGGUCCUGCACUUGCCGGUACGGUGUCCUCGGCGAGUGCAAGCACAGCGCCGCUGUAGUGCACUACAUCAACACGCACGAGGUCAGCGCUUGCACUAGCGUGCCCCAAGCGUGGGGCAAGCCUUCAAAGAGGCCGAAAUUAAGCGACAAGGCGUCGAUCGGGGACCUUUUUGGAGGCAACCGAAGCAACUUCGUAGGAAAACAAGAGCCACGAGAGGUGCUGCCACGCUACAUCAUUGACCAUUUCCCAGACAUUGACACCCCAUUUACGGACAUUCUGCGAUUGACAGGACAGAAUCAAGUAGAGCUGGAGUGUGCCCAGCUCUUAGAAGACGUUGUAAAUGAUGCGGUCACCAUUGUGAGGAAGUCUGAAGUGGAAGUGGUGCUGCAACAUCUAACGCAUCAGGCUUCGGACGGAGAGGCACUGAAGUACCGUCAAGAUCAACUCACAGACCCCGAGAAAGCAUUCUUUCAAAAAAGAGUGGCUUCUCGUGAUGUACUCGGAAUCUGCAUGGCAACGAUGGCACAGUCCAAGUGUGCACAGUGGUACCAAGAGCGCAAGGUGCGGAUUUCGAGCACAAUGGCACAUACCAUCCUCCGGACCAGGAAGACUCCACAGGAUCUUGUUGCGAGCUUGAUGAACACCACAAGCUUUUCAAGCGACGCAACGACUUAUGGCUUGCAGACUGAACCAAAAGCACGGCGACGGUUCGAAGAAAAGUUUGGAGCACAUAUCGUGGAGGUGGGCCUGCUUGUGCAUCAAGAGAGGUCUUGGCUUUGCGGCAGUGCUGACGGAGUGUUUCAGCAAGAUGGAGAAACAGUCCUUCUGGAAAUCAAGUGCCCCAGCUCGAUAAAAGGGCAACCGGUCGUUGACGCCAAUAAGAGGAAGACAUUCACCAGCUGCCUGGUGUACAUUAAUGACAAGUUGUGCCUGAAACCAUCGCACAACUACUACACACAAGUGCAAGUGUUGAUGUUUGUGCUGGAUUUACAAUCUUGUUAUUUUUAUGUCUACACAUGUGAUGAGCAUGAUGCCACUGUGCUCGUUCCCAGGAAUGACAAGUUUUUGAACAAUGAGAUCCCUUCUCUGGAAUGGUUUUAUUUCAGCUGGUACCUGCCAGCCCUUGCGCAAAAGUACCAGAUCUAAGCACAUCAGUAAGAGUGACAAAAAAGACAAAAAAUAAAGUACUGCAUUCAAUUCACUGCAGACAGCAUGGGUUGCAACAGUGUUCCAUGCUUCUUUUGCAUACUUGCCAGUUUUUUUAGGAAUUGGUGGUUUAAAACGAGGCUGAAAUGUGAAGCAGAGUGCACAAAAUAUAAUCCUACAAUCGAAAUGUUUACUUCUGCACUGAGGUGUGUGAUUUCAUUUGCCGCUGCUUCGUUCUCAAUGACAAACACAAUGGUACUCAUAAAACUUGCUCGGAUUUCACACUUUCAUUAUACAAUAGAACCCCAAGGACAUGGAAAAUACACUCAAAGCUAUCAACCAUCUUUACAUCUAAUAAAAAAGCUACAAACAUCUUUUACAACAGGAGAUGACCUACAUACAGGAACGCUUAAAGGGAAGAUAAAACACUUUUAUGUUCGAAAAAAAAAAAUGCUUGAAUUGUGUUCAUUUGGCUUUUAGAAUAAGAGAUAUCACAAUUAUAUUUCAAUGCGAUGCGCCCGAGAGCCAUACGAGCAAUUUCUAAAUAGGGCUGAAGCCCCGCCUCCCUAGCCUUGGGCAGCCAAAAGAUCCGUCGAUGACGUCACAUAGAGCGAUUGUCUUUCGCCUUUUCCCCCCGUUUAACAAUACUUGCGCAGCAAAUGGUUUGGGUUUACGGGGUAAAAAUACACUAGAAAUCACUUCUAACUAAUU